CACAGACCACGAAUCCGGAGAGUUUGUGAGUUUGACUGACCGGCCGGCAGGGAAACUUUAUUUUACUUUUCCUCUUGUUUGCCUGUUGCCAACUAUUUUUACAAAUUUUAAAAGUGCAUGAAGUAAUUUUUUCUGUUUUUGAAACUUUAAACCAAGGACACAAGAAAUGCCUCAUUUUAGAAUUGAAACUAAUGUGCCCAAAGCCAAGAUUCCUCAUGAUUUUGUAACUAAAGCUGUACCAGUAUUGGCCAAAGCACUAGGGAAACCAGAGCAGUACUGUGUGGUAUCUGUUAUCCCAGAUAUACCAAUGAGUUUCGGUGGAACCACUGAUCCUUGCGCUAUUGCCAAUCUCAUGUCAAUUGGUGCACUUGGAGUGGAGCAGAACAAAAAGCAUGCAAAAGUACUUUUUGAACUUGUGGAGAAAGAAUUGGGUGUUGCACAAGAUAGGAUGUAUAUAACAUUUCAAGAUGAACCUACGGGCAAUGUUGGCUUCAAGGGAACUACCUUCCAUGCUAUCUUUGGUUAAAUGUAUUAUGCAUUUAUUUUUGUAUUAUUUCCUUAGCUCUUUGAUCAUAGAUAUAUACACCUAAGUACCUAGUAGAAUAUAUAUUAUGUUCCUUUA